GGUUUUAAUGACAGCAUCCGUGGCGGAUACAGAGGGAAGGGUUGCCUCAGACAUCGGGUCGGAGGAUCGGCAACAGUCUACGAUAGCAUGUGAAGGAAUGGGCGAUGCUGGUCAUGCUCUCGUGGAGGGCGAGAGAUUGUCUACCUCAGUGGUGACCACACCGCAGAAUCUAGUGAAGGAAGAGGAGAACGCACGUGCCCAAGGAGAUUUCGAAAAAUUCCGAGACUGUUUUGAUCGUGAUGCGAUAGCAAAUGGAUCUGAGCAAGCGAAGAUAUGUUUGAAAAUGCUCGCGGAGGGCUUAAGAUGCCCCGAUGAGUACUGGGCACAAACGAAAGAAGUACUGGUGGAAAGUUUGAAGGGCGGUACAUCCUGCCGGGACCAAGCCACUGAUACUCCCAAUGCGCUGAAGCAACGACAAUGGAUCUAUGGGCGCCUGAGCUCCCUUCCCGUACCACCGAAGAAUGGCUUGCAACGGUUGGCUGAGUGCUGUCUUGACGAGUCGACGUGGCGGGGCAUAGACAAGUGGACCUUCGCUGUACUGCGUUGCAUGAGUAGCGUGGAUAUUCCUGAGGACUCUCGACCUUGUCGGUCACCCAACACGAGCGGAAGAAAACGGAAAGUUGAGCAGCGGGAAAGCACGUUAUAGCAGCAACUCAUCUCUACAGGCUAGCAUCCCCUCCCAUUCUGUAAUCAACAUUUCACUGGUAUAGU